CAAAAGAGUCAUCCUAACUACAUUUUUUUAUUUGAGGAAAACUCAUCCUAACCACAUUUAAGACAUGACAAUUUGUAAUUGACUUAUAUUACCAUACUUUCCUUUCGUUUGUUGUAAACUUAGUUAAUUAAUGUAAUUUCAGCCGUUUUCAAAAUUUUAAAAAAAAAAAAACGAACAAAAAAACUUACAAACAAAUUAUACAAGAUUUGGCGUGUGAAGAUAAGAUUUGAGAAAUUGAAGUGUAAAGAUAAACUAAUACUCCGUAUUUUUUAAAACAGAUUUACUCUAAACUCUUAAAAGGUUUACUCUGCCCUUUAAUUGGACGAUCGUAUAAAGACUCAACCCAUUUAUUUAUUAGACGGAUACAACCCAAUAAUAACUGUGGCGGGUCAUGGGUCAUGGCUUUUAAUAGGGAUCCAAGGCGUCCAACCCAUUGAAUUGCUCUAUUGAAGCGCAUUCGACGUUCUCCAUUGAAGCGCAGUUGCCGUUCUCCGUUGAAUCUAGUUCUUGUAUCCCCCAUGGAAGCAGCUUCUGAGGAUAUUGACAUGAUCACAGAAGUACAAGAGUUACAGAGUUUUAACUCUCAGGAGCUCAGUAAGCUGUUAAAGGACUCUGAAAACUUCUCGCUUAUCCACAUUACAGCAAAUGGUUUAUCUUUGCAGAUUGAUAUGGAUAAACUCGUUCGACUUCUUCCUCCGCACCUUACUGCUGUGCUUUUGUCCUCUCAAGGAGAUGAAGCCUCUUUGAAAUAUUUAUUAUCAGGACUCCGGCUUCUAUAUUCUUUAUGUGAAAUAGCUACUCGACAUUCUAAGCUUGAACAGAUCUUGCUCGACGAUCUGAAAGUGUCAGAACAGCUGCUUGAUUUGGUGUUCUAUUUACUCAGUUUCUGCUGUAAACAGAAAUACAGGUUUUCUGGUGCUAUGCCACUUCUGUACUCGGCACUUGUAGCUUGCAGUAUGUAUCUACUCACUGCUUGCAUUUCAUCACAAUGGAGUGAACUCGCUUAUGUUCUCCAGGCACACCCUAAGGUUGACAUAUUCAUAGAUGCAGCCUUUGGAGCUGUCCGCAUGAAUAUCAGCUUCCUUCAGAUAAAGCUGUCAGCUGAUGAGAAUGAGUUUCACUCGAAUUCUAGUCUAGGCGCUGAAAAGGCAAUCAAUUUCUGUUGCCAGCAAUGUGAGGCUUCUUUGCAGUUUCUCCAGUCGUUAUGCCAAAAUAAGUCUUUCCGAGAACGCCUUCUCAGGAAUAAGGAGUGGUGUGGGAAGGGAGGAGUCCUUCGUCUUGUUCAAGCUACCUUGAAAUUGAAUAUCUCACCAUUUCUCAAGGAGCCUCUUGCAGUGGUAGCUUCUGUUUCUAGGCUAAAAGCUCGAGUUCUAUCAAUUCUGCUGCAUCUUUGUGAAUCAGAAAGUGUGUCUUAUCUGGAUGAGGUUGCCAGCAUUCCAGAGAGCCUGGAGCUUGCAAAGUGUGUUGCUGUAGAGGUUAUUACAUUACUGAAGACCAUGUUUAGCAGAGAUCUUAAACGACUGGUAAAUCACUCGGGUAAAACAUACCCAAGGGGGCUUUUGCAGCUCAAUGCAUUGCGCCUGACAGAUAUCUUCUCUGAUGAUUCAAAUUUUCGUUCCUACAUUACAACAUAUUUCGCUGAAGUGCUGGCAGUGAUCUUGUCAAUUCCCUACCAACAGUUUUUGGCUGGUUGGUGUUCAUCUGACUUACCUCUAAAGGAAGAAGAUGCUUCACUGGAAUACGAGCCAUUUGUUAUGGUUGGGUGGAUUUUGGACUCGUCUUCAAUGCUAGAUACGAUAAAUGUAAAUGCAUAUGAAUCUAACUUUAUUCCAACCAACAAUGCCCAAGCGUCUUAUGCCCAUCAACGAACUUCUCUAUUGGUUAAAGUGAUUUCCAAUCUUCAUUGUUUUGUGCCUAAAAUUUGCAAAGAGCAGGAGAGGAAUUUGUUUCUUCACAAGUUUCUUGAACGUCUGAAGCUGGAUUGGCACGAUCCACAGGCUGGAUCUACAUUCAGCUCUGCUCCUCAAAAAGCUGCUACUAUAUGCAAGAAUCUUCGUUCAUUAUUGGGUCAUGCAGAAUCCUUAAUCCCCACUUUUCUUAAUGAGGAGGAUGUACAACUAUUAAGGCUAUUUUUCACCCAAUUGCAGUCACUUAUUGGCCCGGUUGAUUAUGAAGUCAAUAGAGGACUGGAACUUCAAAAUUCAAGAGGCUGUACAGCUUCUCUUCAAGGAAAUGUUGAUUUUGAUCAUAAGACCAGACACUCUAACCUGAGAGAAGGUAUGUCAGAAAAUUCAGCUUUUCCAGGAGUGGAAAAUUCUUGCAUUAAUGUCGAGGCUACUGCUGAAGCUGAUGGUGCAAUGCAUGAUCAGAAGACGUGUGAAGGUAAAUCUAUCAAAGCUUUAGCUGAGUGUAUAGUCGAGACCAAAAAGGAGAUUCAUAAUGAAGAGACAAGUGGAUCAGAUUCAAGCACUACAAGAGGACAGAACCCCAAUGAUAAAGUUGGUGAUGGUGAAAAUACUAUGCCAAAUGAGCAUUUCCAAAGAAGUAAAGUUGGAGGUGUUCAACAAGAUGAAAGGGUUGAAAGUGUAUAUGGCGAAGAAAGGCAAGUAAGGAAACGUAAGAGACAUAUAAUGAACGAUAAACAAAUAUCGUUAAUUGAAAGGUGGCUGCAGGAUGAACCUGAUAUCCAUAAGAACAUAGUUUCUUUAAACACAUGCGCUGACAGAUUAAGUAUAUAUGGUUCAGAAGUAACAUCUUCACAACUAAAAAAUUGGUUGAACAACAGGAGAGCAAAGCUUGCACGAGCAGCCAAGGAUGGUAACCCAUUAUCUGAGGAGAAUGUUAUAGCUGACACACAAGUGGGGCCCCUUGUGCAGACAACUUCAGAUUCUCCUGAGAGUCGUAUGGAGGAUCUGCCUGCUUCUGCUGCAGUUAAUGACCUCAGUCAAGUAUCGACAGUUCAGAGAACCAGUUCAGGGAUAAAUAUGAACCCUAGUCUUGGGACUGCCCACCCUGAAAGUUCAAGCAGAUUAGGCAUCCAAAAUGAAGGUCUGGCUACAGAUACGAGUUGUGUAAACUUUGAGGCAGGUCAAGCUGUUAUACUUACUGAUACACUAGGGAAAGAAAUUGCGAAAGGAACUGUAUAUCAGGUAGAAGGUGAAUGGCAUGGCUGCAAUCUGUCAGAUACUAGAACUUGUGUUGUAGAUAUUACAAAACUUAGGUCUGAGAGGAUUGUAAGGCUUCCCCACCCAUCUGUUGAAGCUGGAGCCACAUUUGAACAAGCUGAAGUCAAGAUUGGGACCAUGAGAGUGCUAUGGGAUUCUGGUCGAAUGCUCAAGCCGUAGUUUAGAAAGGGGAGAUGUCUAGGUGGUUGUUUAAGUAGAAGUAGCUGGUAAUGCUGAUCCAAGACAAAGCAGGGCCACAAAUUUGGCUGAAACAAACUAACAGGAUUAGGUGGGUGCUCUUUUUAAAAGUUGAGCGCCAUUUCUUGUAUAGUAUCUUUUAUUGGAAAGUUGUGCUCUUACCAAUGUCAUUUGUAAAUGACUAAUGUCUAAUGAUAUCCAAGACUAAUUAUCAUGUAUGCUUCUGACCCUGUUGUACAGCUCCUCCAUCUUAUACCUGUGACCAUUACCAUUUUUACCGUAAAUUUGUCCAGUCAAAUAAUGUCUUAGGAAAGAGCACUCUUUUAUGGUGUCUAAAUCUUUCAUUAAGAUAAUUCCAUAAUUCUUUGGGAUCUUCUACCAUAUGUAUUGUAAAUGAUGCCUCAAUAACACUAAGGCUUUUACCUGUUCUUGUUUUAAAGCGGGUUUUACAACCA